AUGGCCGGAUUCUAUAUGACUAACCUCCAAUCUCUAUGUCAACGCCGCGGCUGGCCCGACCCGACAUAUGAGUGCUUUCGAGACGGCACUGGACACCAAUGCAUGGUCCUUGUGAAUGACCAUGAUUACCAGACGGACAUCACGUACGAAUCGGAUUACAUGGCCAAGGAAAACGCAGCCAUGGUCGCCUGGUGGAAUGCAGGCGAGCAGCACUCUCAGUCCAGUAAGAGUCCAAGACGCCAUACCAUGUCCAGCAUCAGCAGCAGCAGCAAGAACCACGGCAACCGCAGUACCAAGAUGAGCAUUUCUGCCUUCAGCGACGAUAGCGGAUAUGGAAGCGUCUUGUCAGAUUCUAAUUUGGAAGAUGUUCCAAUUACUCAGCGCUUCGGGAAAACUGUCGAGAAGAAGGACCUGAACGGCAUCAUCAGUCCCUUUCUUGAAUCAUUAACAAGGUCGUUCUCGGAGAAACACUGA